UUGAAGUGAGAGAGAGUGUGUUGUGUUGUGUCUUGUGUUUCUCUCUGCGUGUUCUGUUUCCUCCAUGCGAACAUGAACAACAGAAUCUGAAUUGUGUGUGUUAGAUUAACGUUGUGAAUUGUUCUCAUUUCAGUUUUUUCUUCUGUUUCUCAUUGUUGAAUUGGAUUCAACCAAAACGGGUUUUACGUAGACUGCAUUUCAGUGUUUUCAGCUGAAUUUUUCCAUAUCUGAAUCACCCUCCAAUGGCGGUUGAUGGUGAGAAGGUUACUGAAACCAAGGCUCGUAAAAGAGGAUUUUCAAAGAAGAAGAUUCUCCUCCAUGAGAAAGUCGAGGUGAGGAGUGUGGAGGAUGGUUUUCAGGGUUCAUGGCACCCGGGGAUUGUGACUCGUUCUGCUAGGCACAGGCGGUAUGUGCGAUAUGACAACAUUCUUGAUGAUGGAGGAAAGAACUACCUUGUGGAGGUGGUGGGAGUCUCCAAUGUUUUGGAAGGUAUUCCUUCAUCAUCCAACAGCUGCUAUGAGCGUGGCUUCAUUAGGCCAGUGCCUCCGCCGGUUCAAUUCGGCGCAAAUGACCUUCCAUUCGGUCUCUGUGUUGAUGUGGAUCAUGAGGAGGCUUGGUGGGAAGGGGUUGUGUUCGACAACUCUAAUGGAGGCCAGGAGAGGAGCAUAUUCUUCCCCGAUUUGGGGGACGAAAUCAAAGUCAAAAUUGAUCAAUUGAGGAUCACGCAGGAGUGGGAUGAAGCUACUGGGAACUGGGAGCAGCGAGGGAAGUGGGUUCUGCUAGAACUGUACGAGGAGUGGUACAGGAAAUCCUAUAUUCCUGUCUCAAUCAAGCAGAUUUGGUAUGAUGUGAGGACGAGGGAGGACUUUAGAAGCAUUGGAGAGUGGACUCUGAAUGAGAAGGAUUUGUGGAAAGAGCCUGUGGGGGAGGUCAUUGAUGAGUACUUGGUGAUCACACUCCAAGAGCUUCGACCAUUGUUAAACCUUCAACAGGAUUUCUCGAAAAAGUCACCGGAACCAGAAACAUUAUCUGAACCUGCUGAUAAUGUUAAUGGUGAUGGUGGUGAUAGUCAUGUGAAUGUACUUGGCGGUUCUUCUGACAUCGGAACAUCACAAGUCCCUGAGGAAAAUGGACCAAACUUGCUUGGUUUUGAUGAAAUCUGUGGUGAUGAUAGUCUUGGUUCUGACAUAGGAUUUUCUGAAAGGCCUUAUGCAAAUGGCGAUUGGUCAAGCUUUCUUGGUCAUGAUCAAAUCAGUGGUGAUAGUCUUCUUGACGAUAUGCUUGGUUCUGACACUGAUUUAUCUGGAAGGCCUGAUGAACAUGGUGUCUCGUCAAACUUGCUCAGUACAGAUCAAACCUGUGGUGAUGGUCUCGACAAUGAGCUUGGUUCAGACAUUGGAUUGUCUGAAAAGCCUCAUGAAAAUUGUGACUCAUCACACUUUCUUGAUCAUGAUCAAACCUUUGAUGAUAGUGUUGAAAAUGUGCUUAGUUCUGAGACUGAAUUAUCUGAAAGGCCUCACGAAAAUGGGGAAUGGUCACACUUUCUUGAUCUUGAUCAAAUCUGUAAUGACAGUGUUGACAAUGUGCUUAGUUCUGAGAUUGAACUAUCUGAAAGGCCUCGGGAAAAUGGGGACUUGUCAAACUUGCUCUGUACUGAUCAAGUCUGUGGUGCAAAUCCUUUGGAGGAUGAUGAUAAGGAAAUUCUGCAGCCGGUGGAAAAAGUAGCUCCACUUCAAGAGAUUUUGCCAGAGUCUCAGAAAGAAUUGUGUGUCCAUGAUGCUGGUGAAGACAUUUCAGGUGCGAACAUUGGUGAACAAAUUCAAGAGAUCUCGCCGGAAACUCAGAUAGAAUUGUCCAUCCAUAAUGCUGGUGAAGACAUUUCAGGUGCUAACAUUGGUCAACAAGUUCAAGAGAUCUCGCCGCAGUCUCAGAAAGAAAUGUCCAUCGAUGAUCUCGGUGAAGGCAUUUCAGGUGCUAAAAUUGGUGAACAAAUUCAAGAGAACUUGCCGGAGUCUGAAAAAGAAAUGUCCAUCCAUGAUGCUGGUGAAGCAAUUCCAGUAGCUAACAAUGGGAAACAAAGUAAAAAACGAAGACCCCGGGACUCCAUAGUCUGGAGACCUCUUAUACUUUCUGAGCCUGAAUUCUGCCCAGAAGUUAUUACUCAAUAUGCUCUUGGAAGUAAGAGCAGGAAAACAAGGGAGACUCUGAAGACGAAAGUAAGGAAACAUCUCGCGUUUCUCGGAUGGACAAUUGAAUGGACGGAGAACAAACAGUUCACAGAUCGAAGACGCUACAGGUACAAGUCGCCUGAAGCAGAUGACAAGAAGGUCUACACUUCCCUUAUUGAAGUUAUCAAACACAAAUAUGAUCAAAUGGAUGCUGUGCAGCCCCAACAUGAUGACAAUAGUGUGCCUCCUGCUUCUGCUCCUGCUGCAGCUGACAGCAAUGUGUUAAAUCUGCUGUCAGAUCAACAUCAACCUAAUGUGAACAAGGAGUUAGAUGUUCACCCUCAAACAGGUGAAGAUUAUCCUGAGAACCUUGAAGCUGAAACUGGUUUUUGUCCUCAAACAGGUGAACCUUCUCAUGUUAACAUUGAAGCUAACCCUGAUUUUUGUCCACAAGCGGUUGUCAAAUAUUACUUUAAUGCAUUAAAGAACAACUGCCGCGGCAAAAUCAGGUGGAGAGUGAGAGCUAAGAAGCAUCUGCUUACAGAAGGAUGGGUCAUUGAGGGCCCAACUGAAAGCAGGAAGACAACACUGUACUACUCCCCUCAACAUGAGCUUUUGGGUUCUAUUCAAGGUGCAUCCAAAGCGUACCUCAAAGACAAGAUACCAGAAUGGAUUAAUUCUGGCGGGGCGAGUAGUGGGGCUAGGUUUGAUACCAAUGAACUACUUCGCAGUGUGAAACAAUUGCUGAAAAGAAAGCCUCAAUUAUAUACCAAAGAUGUUUUACCAGGAAGCACAUCAGCUGAAAAAUCAACUGAGGAUAAAAAACGCAAAAGCCCAGAGAGUUCAAAGGAGAGCGCACCGGAGAGCCAGAAGAAUGAUGAGUUACCUACACAGGCGAGCAAACCUAAUGGCCAGAGGAAUGAUGAGUUACCUUCACAGGCAAGCGAGCCUAAGCGCCAGAGGAAUGAUGAGUUACCUUCACAGGAAACCCAACCUAAGCGCCAGAGGAAUGAUGAGUUACCUGCUCAGGCGAGUGAACCUAAGCGCCCGAGGAAUGAUGAGCUACCUACACAAGCCAUCGAAGUACCUACACAGGUGCUAAGAUCAAGCAAAAGGGUGCAGGAGGUGGUUUCCUCUACUCUUGCACUACAAAAACCUCAAAAUGUUCUGGCUUGGUUAAUAGAGAACAACAAGGUGUUUCCAAGAUAUAAGGUAUAUUGCUACUUGAGCAGUGGAGCAGUGAGCUAUAUUGUGGCUGUGGGGAGGAUAACGCGUGAAGGAAUCAAAUGUCGCUGCUGUCGGAAGGUGUAUGGUCUUGGUGGCUUUGUAAAUCAUGCUAAAGUUAGUAGUGACCGCAGGCCUUGUGCUAGUAUCUAUUUGAAGGAUGGUAGGUCACUCUUAGAAUGCAUGAUAGACGUGAUGCAUGAACAUAGGGUGGGGGAAACUAUGGAGCAGCCAAGCAUUGAUCUGUUUCAAGGCGAAAAUGACAACAUUUGUACUGUUUGCAACUAUGGUGGUGAGCUUAUUUUAUGCGACCGGUGCCCUUCUUCAUUUCAUAUGAGCUGUCUUAAUUUGGAGGACAUCCCUGAUGGUGACUGGUUUUGUCCAUCCUGCCGUUGCCGGAGUUGUGGACAAGUCAAGAUUGAAGAGACUAAGGAUGAAGAACUACUUACUUGUGCUCAGUGUGAGCAUAAAUAUCAUGAUGAGUGCCUGAGAAAUAAGGCAGGAGAUGAUUUGGGAAGCUGUCAGGAAACUUUUUUAUGCAGCCAAGAGUGUCAGAAGAUACACUCAGGCCUUCGUAAUCUGUUAGGGAAACCGAUUUCAGUUGGUGAAAACGGUCUGACUUGGACAUUGCUGAAAUUGGACAACACUGACAACAACUUAAAGGCUGAGUAUUACAGUAAACUCAGUGUCGCACUCUCAGUGAUGCAUGAAAGCUUUGAACCAUUACCCAACCCUUUCUCCACCAGAGAUCUGGUGGAGGAAGUAAUAUUCAGCCAAAGCUCGAAGCUUAAUCGAUUAAAUUUCCAAGGUUUCUACACCGUGCUUCUCGAGAGAAAUGAUGAAGUAAUCAGUGUUGCAACUAUUAGGAUAUUUGGACAGAAGGUAGCUGAAAUGCCUCUUGUAGCUACCAGAAUUCAGUAUCGCCGGCAUGGGAUGUGUCGUGUUUUGAUGGAUGAACUUGAGAAGAAGCUCAAGGAACUGGGAGUGGAGAGGCUGGUCUUGCCUGCUGUACCAGGGGUGGUGGAAACAUGGACCAAUUCAUUCGGCUUUGUGGAGAUGACGAACUCAGAGCGAUCGCAGUUUGUGGACUAUGUUUUCCUUGACUUCCAAGGAACCAUCAUGUGCCAGAAGAUGCUGACAAAAAAUCAAUCCCAGAUUUUAUUGGAACAACAAGAAGGGGAUUGUAACUUUUCACCAUGAGUGUUUGUACUUUUUCCCAAAGGAGGCUUGUAAAAUAUUAAUUUUUUCCAAAUUUGGAUUAAAAACUUUGUAUUGUUUCAAACUGCCGAGACACCUCCAAAACGAGGGGAUGUUUUCUUGGUGAAAUGUAGAAUUGAUUUAGACAAGUCUACUCCAGUAUCUGAAGAGUCUCACAAGAGCUCAAACAUGGUUAAUGGGUUGUUUGAUAUACCUAUGGUUGUUAUGGGAUUUUGCCUCACAAGUUGAUUUU